GUUAAUGUGACAGUAUUCUAUGAAACAUUUUGCCCUUUGUUCAGAAGCUUCAUAUCCGAACAACUAUAUCCCACGUAUAAGUACUUAGGUGGGAAUAACAUCAACCUUGAGCUGGUACCAUUUGGCUGGGCUAAAGAUACAGCUGAAACAUGAAACGUUUGUUCAAUCUGAACCUUCUAAGCCAUUUUUCAAUCUGGAAGAUUCACCAUCAUCAAGUUCUUCUAAAACUUGGAGUGCCUCACCUGCAACUGUGACAGCCUCAGAAAAGGGUUAUGAAUCAGAUGUGUUUACUGAAUCUGUUCAAGCAAAAAAAGAAAAGAAAGAGGUACAAAACCAUACUAUCAGCAAUAAAUUCUUGAGUCAAUGUCUAUAGACAAUGUUCAUAUACAGAGCAGGCCAGCUAUGUCUGUAGUCUGAAGUUUCACGGUAUAUGAGAGAGAGGGAAGAAAGAGAACCGUACAACACAUUAUGUUAGAAAGAAUGCAUGGCAAGCUACAACAAUGGUCUGCAACCAUUGUUUCUGUCACUGCUAGGUAACAUGGUGAUUGGUGCACUAUUUCUUAGAUGUUUUUAUUAUAUCCGUCUCUUGUUUCCCAUUAUCUCAGUGCUUUUCAAAGAGACCUCCCGUAUUUUCAAGCAAGUUGAAAUUUGGGACAUAUUUUAGCGUAGAAAUGUCAGAAUGUUCCAUGUUUCACUGCACAUUUAGACAGAUCUUUAAACAAAAAGAAGAUUGAUUCCGUUAGCCCAAAUUCUUAUUUGCUAAUUUGGCCAAUUCAAAAAACACGUAGGAGAGGGGGCUUUUGAAAAUCACUGUAAAUACAUAAACACACUGAACACUGAUACCUCUUUGUCAUCUGUAAAAUUAGUCAUUCACAAUAUUCAUAAUGACGGUCUUGUUAUUGUA